AUGGGUGUCGAAGUCGUCCGCAUUUCCCCCGGUGAUGGUGUCAACUACCCCAAGCCCGGUGACACCGUCAGCAUGCACUACGUCGGAACCCUCGCCGACGGCAGCAAGUUUGACAGCUCCCGCGAUCGCCCUGGCACCUUCGUCACCCCCAUUGGUGUCGGCCGUGUCAUCAAGGGCUGGGAUGAGGGUGUUCCCCAGCUCAGUCUCGGCGAGAAGGCUAAGCUGAUCUGCACUCCUGACUACGCCUACGGUCCUCGCGGCUUCCCUCCCGUUAUCCCCCCCAACGCGACCCUCACCUUCGAGGUCGAGCUCCUUAAGAUCAACUAA